CAACAGGACCGAAGCUCCUUAACCUGAUAGUUUGUUGCCAAAACUCCAAUCACAACGCCUCAAACAUCAAGCUCAGCGCACAAAACGACAGCAUUUUAUACCCAUCUGGCCUUGAACAUGAAAGCACCUGUCAAUAAAUCCCAUAAAUAACCACCGCCGCUUGCUUUAACUUUCAUUGAUUGCUAAAAAAUGAUUGUAUCAAUGAAUCUUUUACCAUGAAGAAGACCUGAGCUGAUCAUCUGCUUCAUACAGGGAAGGGCAUAGGAAUUUUUUUAGUGACUUUGGGUUGUGUUCUUGUAGAAAGAGUUUUGAAUCAGAGUGUCGUAAAAUUUUGACAAGGAAUAAUGGAUCUUGAUUUGAACGAAGAACCUUUAUACUCUUCCAAUGAUUCGCUGUUGGGACUCACAACUAUGUGGAAUGAAUUAGAAACCACCAAUGGUCUUAUAGAAGAACGUAUCAGGCAGCUUGAAGCAGUUACUUUCAGGGCUAGGCAACGACAGAGAUGGAGACAAAGUCACAUCACCCCUCAAACGGUGAGUAUUUCUGUGGAACCAGCUACUAUUAAUGUUCGCAGUGAAGGUAGACUGCUUAUUGGGGAGGCUAGUGUUGCUACUGAAGAAAGGAGAGAUGAGAUGAAUAAAUUUGGCAAAAGGAAUAGUGCCUAUUUGUUAGCUAAAGCAUUAGGCAGGAAUGGGAAUGGUAAGGAGGCCAGAAGUGAUAGGAGUGUAUUUGAUUGUAACAUAUGCCUUGAUACGGCACAAGAUCCUGUAUUAACUUGUUGUGGACACCUGUUUUGUUGGCCAUGCUUCUAUCAGCUGUCGUAUGUUUACUCAAAUGUGAAGGAAUGCCCUGUGUGUAUGGAAGAGGUUACAGACACAAGCAUUAUUCCAAUUUAUGGCAAUGGAAACAGUAAUGAUAACAACAAGCACAGGUCGAAGGAGUCUGGCUUGAAGGUUCCUCCUAGGCCUUCUGCACAAAGAGUUGAGAGUGUGAGGCAGCAACUCAUUAAUCGCGGUGUAUUUUCUUCUUCAGUUGAAGAGAGGAUGCGGCAUUUUGGCAAUGUGCUCAUUGCAAUGGGGGAGAUACCUCGAUCAGAAGAUCUUGAUGAUACUCAUCUUGAAUCUGAGAGAAUCAGUUUAUUGGAAAAUCAAGCCAUUACUUCUCUGGCACUGCCUUCCACAGGGGCAGAGGUAAGCCAGGACUACCAUUCUGUUCAUGUUUCAAGGUUAUUGUUUCAAGGAGCAGCUUCAAUGUCCUCCUUUUCAUCGGCAGUGAAUUCUGCAAUGAAUUCUGCAGUGGAGUCUGCAGAAAGAUUAGUUGAGGACCUUGAGGCAGUUUUGCACAAUCAUCGUGGGAGAAGAAACCACCAACAAUCUUCACGUCCUGCUGAUAGAGAUUCAUUUUCAAGCAUUGCUGCUGUUAUUCAACCUGACAUCCAGAACCUGGAUACAGUUGCUGAUGCUGAUUCUAUGUUGCCUCAUUCUGCUUCGUCUUCCAGGCCUGAUGAUGCUGCCACUGUUUCACAAUUGGAAAGCCAUAGCAUGGGCACUGAUAUAGAAAGCAAUUCUACUGUGCCCAUCUCAUCGACUUCUAGUAGAAGAAAUCUAGUUUCUAGGCUUUCAGAAGUGGACGUUAGCUCACAAACAAAUCCUUCAUCUUCCAGGAGAAGAAUUGAAGUUUCCAGAGUUUCAGAUGCAGACAAUGGACAAAACCGUGGGCGUAGAAGGAGAAGGUUGAGCUGAUGUAGCCAUAGAAAUAAGGGCUAAAUUGAUAACAUGUUUCUUGUCUGAGUACUGUUAUUUACUUGUGUUGUUGGAAACUAAUACAUCUUUGUUUAUGAAGACCAUGUUUGCCAA